AUGCUGUAUCCACGGGUGUCCUCCACUGCCUUUCUGGCGCCUUGUCUGGCGGUCCAGCUGCCACCGAUAUCUCCUCUCCGAUGCCCUGCUCUUCGGCAUCUGACCCCGCCAGAGCCCGACGCUCCGCUCGCCACACGGAGCCACUUGGUCCCGCUCACCACUCGGCUCCGCCCGGCCUCACUCACACACCAGGCUGUGGUCACGGCGGUCCUCCACGUCAGUGCCAGGCCUGACUCACUGAAACGGCCAUUGCUCGCCCGCGACAUUGCUGCCCACUCCGCUCGUGAUCCAGUCCUCUCCCGUGUCUUGGACUGGCUGGGGAGGGGCUGCCUACUAUGGGGCAACAGAGUCGUCAUCCCCAAACCCUUGCAAGACCAAGUGCUGAGAGCCCUGCACGAGGCACACCCGGGCAUAGUCCGCAUGAAGGCUCUCGCACGGAGCUAUGUCUGGUGGCCUGGCCUCGAUGCAGAAAUUGAGGCUUGGGUUAAAAGGUGCCCGACAUGCCAGGUAUCAAGGCCUGACCCCCCACGUGGCCCAGUGCAAUCAUGGGAAUCCACCAAAAACCCCUGGUCAAGACUGCAUAUGGACUUUGCUGGCCCCUUCCAUGGGCGGAAUCUACUCAUACUAGUGGAUUCAUACUCCAAGUGGUUGGAGGUGGUCCAGGUGCCCUCGCCAUCGUCGCAGGCGACCAUGACAGCUCUGAGGGCCAUCUUUGCAACCCACGGGUUGCCGGAGACCAUCGUCACCGACAACGGCACAGCAUUCACGUCCGCAGUGUUCCAGGACUUCUUGGCCAGGAACCUCAUCAGGCACAUUCGCUCUGCCCCAUUUCAUCCAGCCACCAACGGCCAGGCAGAGCAGAUGGUGCGCACGGCAAAGGAGGCCUUGAACCGUCUGGGCCCCUCAGACUGGCCAAAAGACAUGGCGUGUUUCCUAAUGGCCUACCGGACCACACCCACCGCCUCCACAGGUCGCAGUCCAGCCGAACUCCUCAUGGGCCGCCGCAUCACCACCCUGCUGGACAAGCUGCAC